UCUUCCAGAAGUGUCCCGAGUCCAACUUUACACACCUUCGCUUUGGUUCCACAACACGCGUGUGUGUGUGUGUGUUUUAGCUGUAACGAGGUGACAUGAGCGCUGAUAACUCUGCUGAAAACGUGUCGGUCCCUUUACGAAAUCUACUGAACUCCAUUCAGUGCGUCAGAGACCGAGUCCGAGAUGGAGAGUCCAACGCGUCAAACGGAGCGUUCAACCUCUCCAACUUCUGGGACAGUUUGAACCAGGCAGUGAAGGCAGUUUCACAGGAAGCCACCAAACUCAGCCUGGCCUUCUCCAAACCACCGGUGCCGUCACAACAGGAUGGAGAGAAGUUAGCAGAAUCCAUGCAGAAGAGCAUCCUGACUCUGUCCACUGUGUAUUACUGGCUACCCAAGAGCCAAGGUGUGAGUCUGCGUCGGCAGGUCAGAGACGCCACAGUGGAAGUUCUGGAGGGAGUUGAACAGCUAGUGGAGGUCAUACUGAGCUCACCGCUGCAGGGUCUGUCUCAGGAGCAGCUCAUGUCCACAGGAGGCGUGUGGUCGGCCUGCGACCAGUUUGCCAACCUGCCACGAGAUAACAAGGCAGCAGUGCUGUUGGUCCUGUCCUCUUACAUUGGAGUGGUGAAAGAUGCCUUGGAGGAGAUUGAGCAGGCUCUGUCUGAGGCCCACGACCCGUUUGGCGACGUCCUCGCCGACGAGGAGGAGGGGGAGGAGCCUCGAGGCAACCAGGACACAUACUGGUCGGAGCGGGACCGGCGCGUGAUUGGUCCAUGCCAGGGGCUGAUGAAGGCGUCUGCGGCGUGCCUGAGGAAGCUGACGGCCGCCGUCAAAGCCAACGGCAACGUCGGCACGGGUCAGAAUGUGGCACAGCUGGACGACCUGGCCGACAUCACCAAGGACAUCAGCCCUGGUGUUGAUGACUUGGCCCUGUGUCUCUACCCACCCAUGGACUACAGCGGGGUAGACAGCAAUACGUCUAAACUGGCAGCGCUGUUGAGGAAGGUUCUGCAGAUCAUCAGGUCCAGUCAUGUGUGUGGGGAGUCAGAGCUGUCCUGGGUUCAGUUCUUAGAAGGAGCCGUUGAUCACAACCUGCAGAAAGCCAGAGACCUCAUCCAGCAGGACAGCUAGUGUGUGUGUGUGUGUGUGCGUGUGUGUGCGUGUGUGUGUGUGUGCGUCUGUACUUGUACACCAAAGUAUUAUUUUGUGAGUGUUAACUAUGAAUGACUGCAGAGGUGUGUGUGUGUGUGUUUGUUCAGUCUGAGCAUAAGUAUAGCAAAUUAAAUUCAAAAACACAAGGGAGCUGUGUGAGUGUGUGUGUGUGAGUGUGUGUGUCCCUACCUGAACUCCUGUCAGUCGCCUUGCUAUGCAAAUCUACAUAUUUUUCAGUUUCUCUCACACGGAAAGUAAUUUAUUGAUUUCUCUGCCACAGAAUCUGCUGGAUGCCCAUAUUUACAUUUACAGCUGCAUUUCCAAGGGACGUGUUUUGUGCGUGCUGGGUGACUUCAUUGCUUUGAGUUUUAAGUUUUGUUUUUUGUUUUUUUUUUACUUUCACUGCCCCUUGUCUGUGGUAUAAAUUCAUCAAGUACAUCACACAUGGAAACAAACAAACAAACAAAGAAAAAAAAACUACUGAAUUUACUGUGGAACUAUCCCAACAAAUGUUGUUCCUCAGGAAGUUUGAGGGCUUGUAUGUUUUUGAAAGUGAUUGGCUGUUCUCAUUGACAUUGACGGCACAUAAAAUGUAGAUGUUUGAUGAUCAGUUCCUCACAUUCUGAUGAAAACCCUGUGAUGGAGAUCCGCUCUGAUACAGCAGCGGGGUUUUCUGACCUGACAGUAUGAGACAAAAAUUAGGCUGAUUUUCAUGCCUAAAACAUGUCGAUUUUGAACCGAUUUCAACAAACAAAAUCUUUAAAGUCACUGAAAUGAUGUGGAAUUUGAUGUUACCAUGUUUUUCACCUGGUAAAAUCUGUCAUGAACUGGCUCUUUAUUCAAUCAGCAAUCAAUACAGAUUGGCAAAUGAUUAUUUACUGAUGUGAAAAUGUCACAGAUCACUAUGACGAAGUUUUCUCUGUACAUGCCUGAGAUUUGCAGAGCUACUUCAUCCUUUCAGUUCACUUUGAUUCAUGAACCAUGGAGGUGCAGCAAGGUGGCAACUUUUUUUUUUUUUUUUUUUUUUAGUUUUUUCUUGCCAGCAAUAUGUAGGCAACUUUCCAUUGAAAAUCAAUAACCAUUAAUCUUUGGAUUGUGAGCUUGACUGACAGCUUGUGACCAGCUGCAUUCAUGGCAUAUAGAUUUUGCAUCAAUUAAUAACCACUUGAGAGAAAAACAUUCACUAGUCAACAAGCAGUAAAUACAAGUUGGGUAAAAAGUUUUUUGCAGGGCUCAGAUUUCUCCCGCCUGGCAUCACGAAUUACAACCAAGACAAGUGAUGUGAUAUUCUGCAGUGUUAUAUCAUUGGCAUUUCUGGCUUGAAUGUGAUGCAAAUGAAACUUCAGAAAAAUUAAAAAAAAAAAAAAAAAAAAAAAAAAAGAACAUGUUGAAACAAAUUCCUGGCUUGUAAACAUUUGCUUUUAU